CGGAAAUAGGAAAAGGAAUGUCUGUCUUAGUUUACCUUGGUGAUCAUUUACAGUAAAUGGCAAUUAUUCAUAUUGCAAUGCUUCGCUCAAAAAAGAUCAACUGAAAUUGAUAAAUCCACGUAAAGCAACCUAUUUUUCAAAUAUGAUAUAUUUUCCGUAAAAUAUAGAUUUAAUUUUAUCAAAAUGUUUGUUUGAUAUAAAUAUAGGCUAUGGCUAUAUUAUUAUUAAAUAAAAUAUAUAAUUAUUUAAUAUUAUUAUUAUUAGGAAUUUACUCAAUUAAUUUACAGUAUUCAAUAUUACAAUUUAAAGUUUAAAUUUAAAUCAUUUCAAGUAAUUUUAAAUAAAGUUUUAAUAAACUAAUUAUUAAUUGAGUUUAAUGGUCACAUGACUUUCACUCAUUAAGUCAUCAUGUCAUUAUCAUUAAAUUAAGACCUCACCUACUUUAGUCAAAUUGUUAGAUUAGAUCUGAAUUACAAGUAUUUCAAGUGAAAGUAGUAAUAGGCCUUAAUAGGUAACUUUAAGAAAGAGUUUAAGUAAGUAAAUUAGCUGAGUCAGUGUCAGUUAAUUUUUUGAAGUAUUUGAAGUCAUUUAUUAUCAGUAAUCAGUUCAAGCUUGACUUGAUAUUUGUUAAAUAGUAUCAUUGCAGUCAGUGACAGUGCACAAAAAAAUCAGUGUUAUCUUAUUAAUACCAUAAACAGAACUUGCCAUUUAAUUUGUAGUAAAAUAAAGAAAUGGUCUAACUUAAUAAUAAAUUAGUAUUGUUUAUGUGUGUAAAAGGCAUAAAACAGAAGUAAAACUAAAUAUAAGGUGUAACUGUGUAUGAUUUUUGAAUCCCAAAGUCAAUUUUAAAUAUAUAUAUAUAUUUUUUUUUAAAUCUAACUUAAUAGUCAAAAUAUUUUUCAUUUUAUUGACAGCCACUGCAUGGAUUUCAGUGUCAAAGGCAUGGCUACCCCACGAAGCUAUCAACGACAUCUACCUGGUACUGGUAGUGCUAGAGGAAAGCCUCAGAUAAAUCCUAUAACGGUAAGUCUAAGUUCAAAUGAAUAUCAUCCAAAUAUUUGUAAUCUAUUUGAAAAAUCAACCUUUAACAUUGAAAAGCAACACAAAAAAAGUAUUAUUAUUUCCUUUAUAUUUGUUUGCAAAAAAAAAAAAAAUUGUUUUAUUUCAUUAAUGAAAUCCCUUUACAUAUAUUAAAAAUUGUAGGGAGAAGAGAUGUAUAUCAACACUCCAAGAUUGCAAGAAAAGAACAAUGUUAACACUAAUGCAUCAUCCGAGUAAGUGUUUUAUAUAAGCCUUAUCACAUCUGAUUAAAUAUGGAAAAUAUAAACUCAGAUGCCACAUUUAAAGAAGGGUAAGGACAGUACUCCUCAGAUAUUGGGAUUAUGCUGUUGUAAUAUAGCCUAUGCCUUGGCCUUUUUUUUCACUUUAAGGUAGAGCUAUUUUUAUCCACCACCACUUGUCUUGUUAGCAUGACCUUGAUAUUGACGUCACCAAGUAAAUGCACAGUGUCACUCCUUCCUAGUCGUCAUUUCCACCCCGCCCCCCCUUUUUUUUUUUGGAUGGGAAAAGGCUGUUGACAUUAGAAUGCAUUCUAUUUAUUCUAAAGUUGAUGCAAUUUCUAGAAUUUCUGUACAAGAAUGUUCUGAGUUGGUGCCUAUAUAUAGGCUGCAUGUCUUCUUAGCACCGACACUUAGAUAGACAUGGCGAGAUAGAUAGAAAGUGAGAGAUAUUACCUAUACAAGAUAUUAUACAAUGGUGUCUGUAAAUUAACAUUUGUAUUUGUAUAGAAAUUUAUUUGUAUAAUUAAAUUAAAUAUUGUUAGUAUCAAUGGCUUUGGAAUCAUUUUCUUUACAUACUGUUUUACUAAUUCCUUUGUUAUGUAUUGUUUAUUAUACGAGCCAAAUCUCAAUAUAGAUUGAAUCUUCAAAACCAUAAAUGUACGUUAAAAAUCUUAUUUAUUAUUAAAUUUUGAAAUAAGAUGACUUGGAGGCAGAGUGAGCACAUAUAAUCUUUGCAAUGCAAUAUGGAUGUUAUUCAGCAAUAAUUUAUUUGCUCUCUAUUUAUUUUGUUUAUGUUUACUGUUAAGAAAAUCAAAUUUUUAAGUUAAUUUUAAAAGAUUUGUGGAAUUUCAGUUCUUUUUAUUGAAGACUUAAAAAAAUAAACUGCUUUUCUCUUCUAGUAAAGUUCCAUCUCUUAAUCUUCACUAUUUGAAAGAUGAUGAUGUCAAGACAGGGGCAAUCGAUAUUGAUCUAAGGAUUCAUGAUUAUGCUCUCGACACUCCGAAUUCAGCGAGCACUGUCAGGUAGGUUUGAUCUGAAAUUGACUCAUUUUAUAACUUUUUUGAAUCAAUUAUUUCAUAAUCUAUUCCUUCUUUUCACUGUAUCAUUUUGUGUGUUUUUUAAUUGCUUGAAAAGUUAAAAAGGCUGUAGUAUUUAAAAUGUUGUCAAUGACUCUCUUUAUAAUUGACUUUUAAGAAAUGUAAUAAUAAUAUAAUAAUUAAUUAUUUCUAGUUCUGAUAGAAUUUAUCUAUUGCGCAUUAUUUACAUUUAAUUAAAAUAAAUUUGUAUAUACUUUCAGUUGGGGCACAGGUAGAAGCAGCUAUCAAGCCGGAUUUAAACCACUAGUAAGUCCAGUAAUGGUUCAUAAGAUCACAUAUUUUCUUUAUGUAUUUUAAUACUUUCAUCGCUUCAUGUUUAUUAUUUAAUGAAUAACCAAGUUUGAAAUGUUUAUUUUGCUCUCAAAAACAUUUUUUUUUUUUUUUACUCUUACAGACAAACAAAUCAAAUACAGUUUCAAUGCGCCCAGCAGGAGUGCCUGGCCUUGAACUUGCACCUGCAAAGCCAUUAUCAGCCCGAAAACAAGUACCAAAACAGGUUUUAACUUUUUACCUUAUUUGUCUUUUCAUAAUCUGUAAGUGCUUACUUCACUCCUCAUAAAGAAAAUAUUUUAACAUGGUUUAGAAGAUUUAUCUUUUUCUUGUUGACUGAUUUAUUUAUUAAAUUAACAUUCCCAGCUAUUCACUGUAGUGAAUAUAUAUACUUUAGGUAUCUGCCACAUUCAAAACAAUUAUGAAAUUUUUAGUUUUUUUUAGUUUUUUUACACUGAAACAAAACAUGCGUGUCUUCUACUUUCUAUUGCAAUCGUUAAUGCACCCCAUCCAGGCAAAAAUCGAUAUUUGCUAUCUUUCAGGAUAAUUCCAUUUAGAUAGUUGAAUAAACCUUUUAAGGUAAUAAUCUAUCGGAUCUGCUGUCUUGUGAUAUGAACUUAUAAAAUAAAAUUAAGAACUACAAGCAUUUAAAAUUUAACAAUUUGUCUUUAUUGUUAUUUCCGGACAGCCAUCUGCAUGGGAUAAAGAAGCUGUACCCACAGACAUCCCCCCACCUUCAGUAAGACAUAAGGAACUAUAUCAGCAGUACGCAGAUGAAAUGAAACAAUCUUACAGGGCACAAACAAACCCGUCUAAAGUUAGUCAGGUCAGAAUCUUAUAUUGGCUAAAAAAAGUUAUUUCAAAGGGGUACAUAUUCUUCAUAUUUAAAAAAAAAAACAAUUUUAAGUUGUUGUAAGAACUAAUAAAAGUGUCCAAUUAUCAGCUAAAAUAUUUUAUUAUUUUAGGAGGAAGUAGAGAAGGUUGUCGAAAAGCUGCGCAAUACCCAAAAGCCUGAAGCACAUCAAGGAGAGAUUGGUGAUGAGGAUGAGUUUGAGAAAGACAAAAGUAAAGUUAAUGAUAAUUGGACAAAGCAGCGCUACACAGGGAAACAGUUGGUCAAAAAGAAGGAUAUUGUAAGCAGUAAUGGAAAAUAUCAGUUUUGUUCUUUUAUUAAUUAUAUAGAUAUUUAAAUUUUCAGCUCGUGAAAUCAAAUCAACCUAAUUUCUUUUUUUUUUUUUCUACUGAACAUUUUUUUAACAGCCUGGUUUCAUUUUAUAAGUAAAUAGUUGACAAAUUUUUAAGCUAAAGAGCCAAUGUGUCCAACCAAAGAAAUUUAUUGUUGAUAACCUAGUUUAAUAAGUUCCUUUUCAAUUUUAAAAAUAAAAAAAGACACAUUCUUGUAUUAUUUUAGGAGGAUCUUUUUGAACAAAAUAAGAAACAGAAACUUGUUGAGACAGUAAUGAUAGAUCAACUGUCAAGGUAAAUAAACAGAUUCUUUUUCUCACUGAAAUCAUAUUCUUAAAGCAAUAAAAUAAGGAAUUCUCAUUUACAUUGGUAUUUAUUUAAUUUUUUAAAAUUAGUUCAUUUAGUUGAAGCUUUUAAGUUUUAUCUGUGAUCCCAACACUUACUUUUAUUUGCCACUUUCAGGGAUUAUAUUGCUAUGUUCCUAAUUUGCCACUUCCCACAAUAUAACCUGCUUAAUUAUUGACUAACUAGUUGUAGCCCGCCAAACAAUGUUGGCAGCCAUGCAUCAACUUCCAAUCUACUUGAGAAAAGCACUUUAUAAGAAUACCAAUUAGUGCUAACCGCAACCGCACAUAUUUUUAUGCCCCUGAACUAUAUCAAUAUUCUAAUGUCCCACCCCAUUUUUACAUCACAGAUUUAUUUACAUUAUAUUUAAACUGAGACUAUUUCCAUGAAACAAAAGAAAACAUUACACACCAAAAGCACUUGCCGAAUUUUUUAAGAAUCUCAUUUGGAGUAGUUAUCUGGAAUUUUCAUUAUUGAAUUCAUCGUCACACCAUACUUUCUUUUAUACAUAAAGAAUUAUAUUGAUUGGUUAUUCACUGAAAUAGUGAAAUUUCUUGAAAAUUGUGAACUCAAUUUUGAUCAAACUUGAAAUAAAUGAAAUAUAAUAACUCAGUUUUUGUGACUUGCUAGGGCUGUUAUAAGUGACCCUGAACAGAAUGAACUCUACACAAGUAGGCCGACAUCAUCUCGAAGAGGAAGGGGCAGCCAUAGGUAUCUUCAUGAUUCCAAGUAAGUGUUUCUUUAUUGCCUAGUAUUGGAGUGUGUUAUGAUUGCUUCAAUAAUUUAUCAUACAAAUUUGUAAUUUACCUAAGAGAAAAUAUCAACCCUAGUUAUAAAAUUGAUAUCAAUUUUUUUUAAAAAUUUGUUGUAGUAAAUUUAAUGAAAGUGGAUUACUUUCAAUAGUGAAAAUUUAUUUUAAAAAUUGUCAUUGUGACAAAAUUCAGUAAAGUGUUCACUAAAUAACUUAUUUCUGGUGACACUCUCCCAGAAUCAGCACUGCCUCUACAGCAACAGAAAACCUUCUAUCCAAAAGAGUCAGAUUUGGAGCAAGGAUUCUUACAAGGUUAGCAGCAACCCUAAAUUGUUUAUGUUUGCUAUUUCAAUUCCUCAAAGAGUUUGCGUAAAUACGUGCUCAAACUGUUUCAAUGGGAUGUUCAGAUUCAUUCAGCAAUUGAGAAAUUUAUGAGAUUUAUCAUCAUUUCUGUUAUUUUGUAUUAUUUGGUUAUAGUUGUUUUGGCUAUUCAUUUAAUAUAACUUAUAACUGAAAUAUAAUUUAUUUGUUUGCUUUAGAAAUGGACAUGAUGCAAUGCGUGAGCUUACGGGGUUUUUCUUUGACUUUGACAAGACUUUAACAGUUUAUGAGUUCAGGCAGUUUGGGAAAAGGUAAAAACACAAUUUUACUUCAGUUCAAACAAAUUCUGAAUCAGGUUCAUUUCAUUUUCUCUAAAAGACCACAGCUUUCUUUGUUAUCAAUUUAAAGUGUUCAAUUAGGGUUUUCCAACAUUUUCUAUAUUUUGCACCCAAUUAGGGUUUUCCAACAUUUUCUAUAUUUUGCACCCAAUUAGAGUUUUCAAACAUUUUCUAUAUUUGGUACCCAAUUAGAGUUUUCAAACAUUUUCUAUAUUUCGUACCCAAUUAGGGUUUUCCAACAUUUUCUCUAUUUUGCACCCCUUAGAAAUAUUUUGACUGAGUCUAGCUUGAGCCUUACAUCUCCAACCAUAGUAACAAUGCAUUUUAAAUUUGGAAGAAAAAUAAACUUGUGACUUAUUACUCAAAAUAAAAAGUUGAUAAUUUUAAAAAAAAUUUAUAUGUAUAUGCAUUUUUACCAUAACUCAAGGACUAAUUCUUCUCUGUUCUUAUAAUCGAUUUCCAGCGCAUCCCCUGAAAUGCCACCAUUCACCCUGUGGUGUUGGAUUUUAGUGGCAGUUAACCAUUUUGGUUUACAAAUCUUAUAUCCAUUUAUUUUAAAAUUAAUGAUGGAUUAGAGUUGGGAGAGCCAAAAAUUACCUGUUUUUAAAGAAUUUGAAUUUUUUUCAAUAUAAUCCCAUAUUUUUAUUACUUCUGCAGUGCCAAAGCUAUGCCAUUCAUAUACCGUGGACAAUAUCGCCACAAGUCAGGACCUAAGAGUGGCCUCCCUUACAGUAUAUCAGAUAUUUAUACAGUAAGUAAUGGUGUAAUGAUUUUAAAUUCAUUUUUUGUCAUCCAAGUUAAUUUUUAAUUUCAUAUACUUAAAUACCAUUUACUACAAAGAUAAUACAAAGGGAGAGAGUUAGCUCCACACUGAUUAAAAUGGUGCUGUGAUUCCAAUAAAGUGAAAACUUUAAACUGAACUAAAGAAAGGUUAGCAUUUUUUCCAAUAAUAUCCUUGAAAGAUUCAUGCUGUAAUAAAUCACUUUAAAAAGCCAAAGCUAGCAAAAGAACAACCAAUUCAAGACUGAGCUUCAGAGAUAUCACACUUUUCUUGCUCUUUAGUCUUUUCACCCCAUCUCCGUGAUACCAGUACUGAAAUUUCGAGGCCACUGUCUGAACACACAAUUUAUAACUUGAAUAAAUCAUAAAGCUAACGAAAAAUAUUCACCAGUAUUGAUCACCUAAUAAACCAAACUUAGCUGUGCUGUUGUUCCCCAGGGAGCAAACUUGAAGAUUCCUACAGAAGGUCAGCUUGCUCUGACAGAGUCGCUGACAGAAAGUGAUGUCAUUGUGCUACGUGUCACAGAUGUUGAUGAGGUGGAGAGACAACAGUUGCUGUGAGUUAACAUAAGUUUUAUCAAAUAAUGGAGACAAGCCACAGAAUUUUGAACAAAUUAACUUCUCUUCUAAACAUUGUUGCUAUUUUUGUGUGAAUACAUAAUUUUAUUUUGCUUAUUAAUUCAACAUAAAUUUAUCUGUUGACACUCAUCUUUAAGUUAAAAGAACCUCGAGUCUGAAAAUGAAAGUUUAGCUCUCACAUACAGUCCUCCUAUUUCUUGUUAAUUUUAUAUGAAACCUUUUAUCAUCCAUGGAUACUUUUGCACACAAAUAAUUGUUAAUUAUUUAGUGAAAAGUAAAUUAAUGAAAAGAUUUAUGAAUUUCAUUCCAUAUGUUAUGACCUGAAUUCACAACUUUACAUAAGUGCAAUAUCUUUUCCUGCUUUGUUUGACUCUGUACCCCAUGCCCACUUCUUUUCUUUAAUUAUCUUCAAUGAAUUAUUUCUUGAUUUAAUUCUUAUUCAUAUUUUCAAUUCUCUGAAAUGGUAAUAACCUCAGUUGUUAUUUUUUUACUAAUCAGCGCUGAGAGGUAUGACGACGAUGACAGACUGCAUGCUCCAAGCAAGAUGGAUAUUGAGAAUCGGGAUUUUCUUUACAUGGUUCAAGGUAACUUCUUGACAAAUUUAAAUUAAAGCUUAUCAAAUUUGUUGGAGCUGAAAAAUUUUAUUUUUUUAAAAUUUAUAAAAAAUUUGUGUUACAAUUAAAUUCCGGUGUAUAUAAAAGUAAAUAAUUUUUGUUAAAACAGAUGAAAUUAGGUCAAAAAUCCGCAAGAGAGCAAUUAAAACAGUCACUGGCCUGGGCAGAUUCUAUAGGAAACUUGACCUAUACAAAACUGGUAUUCUUGACCAGUAUGACCUAGAGAAAGGACUCAAAGUUUAUCAUAUAGAUGUAGAACCAGAGGUAAGUCAACACUCACUGUCUGAAAUAUGUACAUGUAUUUACACAUUCUUUUCCUUUGACUUAUUUGCUCCUAGGAUGCAUAGGCCAUUCAUAAAUUUUUUCUAUUUAAUUUUGAUUUAAAUUUACCUGGUAUCCCUAAAAUUUUGAUCCAUUAUUAAAAAUAAAUGUUUCAGAAGCUAGAGGAAGUUUUUGACAUUCUUGAUCCAGAAGGCUCCAAGUUGUUGGACUAUGGAGACUACAUGAGAGAAGUCUUGGGGGAAAUGAAUGAGUACAGGAAAGCCCUGGUCAGGAAGGUAAAAGCUUCUAUUACUUACCUGGAUCACACAUGCUGUACACCUGUUACUGACACAUCUUAUACAUUCUGUACACCGGUUACUGACAUAUCUUAUACUAGCUGCACACCUCUUACUAUAAACAUGGUAAAGAUCACACAUGAUGCUUAAAGUUUACUAGUCGCCAUUCCUUCAUAUUUUCAUUACAAAGAGAAAAGGGAAACGCAUUAAAAUCUGUAAACACAGCUUGGGGACUUAACUAAUACAAAAAUAUAAGCCAAGGGAAAAUGGAAAAAAUAGAACCAAAAAAUUUAAAAUAUGCAAUUAUGUAACAUUAAACUGUAUGAUUUUUUAACAUUUUGACUCGGGGAAUUGAUUUGUAUUAAAUUUUUUGCUGUAGGCUUUCCGCAAGUUAGACAACGGCAAGAAAGGAGCUAUUCAUAUAAGUGAUGUGAAUAAAUUCUUUAAUCUCAAUGCAAAGUACAGGCCUAGAACAGGUCAGUGUGAUUCACCUUUAACAAAUCCCUCUACACAGUUUGUCUUGCUUGUCAGUGGUAGUUAAUUGUAAAAAUAUUUACCUGGAUUAUCAGUUGUAAAUACCUGAAAUUCUUCAACAGUAAAAAUUUUCUUUAAUUCUUUUUUUCUCUCCUCCAGAUGGUGCCAGUAAUCAAAGUGCACUUCAAGCCUUUUUGGAGGAUGUCCGUGAGAAUGAGAAAGAGGAACUCAUUUCUUACAUUGAAUUUGAAGAAUAUUACGAGGGUCUUAGUUUAAAUAUAGACAAGGAUGAGGACUUUGCUAAUGUCUUAUGCAACACCUGGAAUAUUUGAAUGUUUUGGUUUAGUGGAGAAAACUGUUUUAAUUCUCAAAGCAAGAUGACACAGAUUUAUAUUUCUUUGAGUUGAGGUUAAAAUAUUUUUUGGUGGAACCAAUACAAUUUUUUAGUUUUUUUAAAAUUUAAUGACAAAAAUUAAGUCUUUCAGAAAAAAACAAAAAUAGAAUGUCCACUUUCAAGAACACAACCCAGCAGUCACCAUUUCUGUAAUUCAUUUUAAAAUUAAAAAAAAAAAAUAGCCCCAGCAGAAAAAGAAGGUAAAAGCUUUGUGAAAAAGGUAUGUCCACCACUCUGUAAAGGAAAUAAACACCCUUUGUUAGCUCUUCAGUAUUUUUCCUUUAGCUAAAUAGAGUCAUUUGCUCAAUAUGACUGAAUAUAAUUUGUUUAAAUAAAAUAUUAUGUUUUUAUGCAAGUCCACUUAAUGGCUCUCAAAUUAUAAUUGUGCCCAGCAAAGGGUAUUUAUGCUUUCUGACCAUUCAUUGUCUACUGACUUUGCUCUUCACUGCCACCUGGUUGUUCUUUAAAAUGUUAAUCACAUUAAGUUGCCAUGAAUGGUCACAUAUCUUCUCACUGUUCAUAUUAAAAAAUUUUUUGUUACAAUUCCUACUAAUUGUUGAUGCACCGCUCUUCAAUCACAUUCAUUUUUCUUUAAGGCGUUUGUGCGGUUACAUUAAGUGAUAGAGAAUAAAAAUGAAGUGUGCACUCUUUGUUUGUAAAGUGUUUCAUAACAUAGAAUAGAUUUAAUGCAAAUUAUUAAAUUUAUAGAUGAAAUAUGUUGUUCAUAACUAAUUGUGUACAAUGUACUACAAAAUAUAUAAUUAAAUUUGUUUUUGAGAUUGCUGAGCUUCACAGAGAUUUUUAGAGAUGUUGUAGAGAUGUUUUAGAGAUUGUAGGGAUGUUGAAGAUUUCUUUGUUAAAUGUUUAAUAUCCGUCCUAAAGAAUUUUACUUGCUGUUGACCGUCCUAUUGUUGUAUUCAAUAAAAAAUUACUCAUGCUGUGUUGUAUAAUGAAAGACAUGAGCAGCCACAUGACAGCUUGUCCAGGAGGAUGACUAUCUGAACAUUCAGACAUCACAGAUUGUUAUAGUUGAACAUUCAGACAUCACAGAUUGUUACAGUUGAACAUUCAGACAUCACAGAUUGUUACAGUUGAACAUUCACACAUCACAGAUUGUUACAGUUGAACAUUCAGACAUCGUUACUUUUGAACAAUCACAAUCAACAUUUGUCAUACUUUAACUUUCAUAAUCAUUCAAAGAUUGUUGUACUUGAUCUGUUCACCAUUCCACGGUUUCUUUAUAAUUCCAAGUUGUGGGUGGUCAUUUUUAAUUGUGAUAUACUUACUUACCAGAGGUUAUUUAAUUUGCAACAUUCUAUUUGUAAAGCAUUAGGUAGUUAUGUUGUGUUUGUGGUGAUGCACAUGUAACCAGGAGGAUCACUAUGAUGUAUCUAGGAAUACAUUUGUUUACCUACAAAAACCCAAUUAUGUCUCAGAUUUCUAAUAUGUACAACCCAAUUAUGUCUCAGAUUUCUAAUAUGUACAACAACCCAAUUAUGUCUUAGAUUUUUAAUCCUAGUUUCUUGAAGAUUGGAGGGAAAAUGUUUCACAACCGGUUUGUGAUGCAUUCUUUUAUGUCAUGUUGACUGUGCCAUAAUUCUGUAGUUUAGAGAUCUUGACUAUGCCAUAAUGCAGUGGUUUAGUCAUUGUGACUAUGCCAUAAUGCAGUAGUUUAGUCAUCUUGAUUAUGCCAUAAUGCAGUAGCAUAUACAUGUGCCAAAACUAGAGUAAUGAAACUCAUGAAUCUUAAAGGUGUACUUGCAUUAGUCAACAGUGCAUAGGUUCACCAUAGAAGUGAAUAGGAUUAUAUGUUGGGCAAUUUUCGCUCCAAAUGGGUCCCUCCACGAAGGCAAAAUUAUUUAUAGUUGAACAAUAUUGUAGCUCAAACAUUGGUGAACAUAAAGGGUGACCGUGUUUUUAAAAAAGGCGGAAGUGGAAGAAUGAUUAAAAAAUUCACUCAGUAACAAGGUUCUGUAAAAGUACUCUUUGUUAAUGGAAGGGGAAGUCUGAUCAAACUGUUGGCUAAUGUGACUUUUGUCGUAACUAAUACCUGGUACACCAGCAAGAAAUUUCCACAGUGCUCAAUCCCGAUUUGCAUAUCUGGCUCGAAAGCUUUGUGCCACCUGUAUCCAUGUCACAAAAAUGCACCUAUGUCCUUAAACAAUCAGAGAAUGGACAUAUUGCCGAUGUUCAGUUUGAAGGAUGUUCCUCGUAGACUGAACGCAGCACCUUCUGGUGAACACUGGCGUGAUUCUCAUUAUUGAAAAACUUACUGGUCAAUCAGCCUUCCUCUUCCAUUAAUUGACACAAUAAACUUCAAUGACUGUGAAACAGACAGCAUAACUGUGUUAUUUGGGGCCAUCUUAUUAAAUCUCUGCUGUGACCUUUACUCAAACAGGAUAACUUUCAAAAUUAGUGAAAAUGAUGGUCAACUAUGAAUAUGUUUUCCUCCAUUGAUAGGCCAUUUUACAACAAAAACUGCCCAACAUAAUUCUUGGCACUUCUUGGAAAAUGUGGUGGUUCUGAUGCAAGUAUAUGUUCAAGAUUCAGGAGUUUCAGAACUAUUACUGUCGGCACAUGCUAUACUUAUGCUUUGGCAUCAAACAAAAUCCUUAGUUAGUCUUAUAUGUCCGACAAUAUUUUAUAAGUUAUUGAAAUAUUUCUCAAAUGGUUAGAAGUAGAAGUACAAUGGAGUGUUGGCUAAAGGCCACUAGUAUGCACCUGCAUCGUCAUUUUUUUAGGCGUUUGUAUAGCCGUUAACGGACUACAGAAAAUGGCUUUGAGAACUUCAAGUGACAAGCUAUUUUAGGGACCCUUCCUUGAAGAGU